AUGGACUCCCUCGGCAAGGCGUUCAAGACCGGCUUAGCCAAGGCCUAUGCCGCCGGCCAGCAGCAGGUCCAGCAGCGAGUGUCGAAGCUGCAGGAUCAAUCGAGUUCCUCCAAACCGCCGCAGGGAUACGGCUACGGCGGCGGCGCACAGUACGGCGCUGGCCAUCACAACGCCAACCCCCCCCAGGUCCAGUCGGCCUCGGCGCACGACUCGCCUGAAACCGUUGCCCGGAACGAGACGGUAUCCAGCAGUAACCAUCCGGCUCUCUCAACCGGUGAGGCUGCCAGCUAUGCUCAAGACGGCAUCGGGCAAUUGUCCACCGACUUGGGUAAGCUGAAUGUCAGUCCUCAACCUCCGGGCUCCCAGCCACCGCCGCCAUUGAAGUCCUCACCACGAGCUACGAAGAGGACACUGGAGCCCAUCAAGGCCAAGGGCGAACCAAACGGUGUUGUCCGGUUCUGCUCUGAGACCAGAGUGGUGGACUACGCUCUCGAUUGGUAUCACCUGGAAGGCGUACCAUCCUAUCUCAUCUGUACCCGUUGCCACGCGGAUAAUGUAAAGAAUACCGUCUUGGAGUCAAGUUUCAUUCGCAUAAAGCGACCAGACGGUUCGUCUUCUAUUUGCGGCUUUCAUCACCCACGCGUCAAGGACGUUUUAUGGCCGUCGUCUCUCCGUUCGAACGAUACAACUUCGCUGCGGGCCUUUAUGCAGAAGCGCCUUGACAUCCCUGCCUGCAAAGGUGCAAGCGUCGUCACCGCCGACGAUGGUUUGAAGUGGUUUGGCAUGGCAGCCAACGACAUAGACGGCUUCAUUGCCUGCGAGGCCUGCUACGAAGACUCAGUAGUAGGUUCGAGUUUUGAGACGAGAUUUACGCCAUAUCAACAGCAGGGCCCCAACGACAAGUGGAUCUGCGACAUGCAGAUCCCGUACAUUAUGCGCGCCGCCAUGGACUUUUCCAGACGUAACGACUGGCAAGGCUUCGUGGCAGUCGCGACUAAACGUUGCCAACUGCCCGUCUGCGAGGGCAAGGAGGUCGACUUGAACUCGCUCACGUGGUAUCUGUCGCGACGAGGCAUCGAUAACUUCCAUGUUUGCGAGACAUGCUACCUGGACAAGCUCGCAUAUACAGGGUUCAAGGACGAGUUUGAAGCUCACCCACCGAAAACAGGCUUUGACGCAUGGAUGGAUAUGCUCGGGAAGAGAAGAACCUGCGAUUUGUCAAGCAGCAAGCUGCCAAUAGCGUUCGCUCUUGAAACGGCACUCUUUACAAAAGACUUUGACGACUUUGCACGACGUGCAGCCAAGAUCUCCAGCCUUGUGCCGUGUACGGCAAAUGGGAUCAUACGAGGCAACUGGUGGACAAUAUCCGGUGGAUGCGCGGACUUCAGCAUUUGCGAAGCUUGCCACACGGGCAUCGUACAGGCGCACGAGCUCGACAGCUUUUUCGAGCCAGUCACGCGGGACGCUGAGGCAACGAUAGUCUGCAGCUUUUGCGUCACCAGUCCACGGUUCAAGCAGUACAUGGGCAAAUUUAUCCAGGCAUUCGAUACGGGGAUUUUCCACCCUUUCACGGAUUUCGUCGCCAAGUUUGCGGGGGUCCAGGCUUGUGCAGGUGUCAAGAGUCGGGAGAAGGCGAAGUGGUGGGGAUACCCCGAGGCACUCUUUUGCGAGAACUGCUACCUCAGCUUUGUUGCCGACACGCCGCUGGGCAGUAAGCUCACGUUCGAAGGCGAGUACGACGAGCGUUUCCAGAUAUGUCAAGUCUGGUCGCCUCGAAUGCGCGGCAUGUGGCUGAAGGCAUGUGAGGCCGGGACUCCGGGCUCCGACGAGUCUAACGCCGCUCUCAAUGAGUUCAAAGAGUUUGCAAGUCGGCGACUGCAAGUCUGGAUCCAGACAGUCCCCAGGAUUGAGUUCAUACAGCAGAUGAAACAGAUGAGGAUGAUGAACGCGAUGCAUCAGGGGCAGCUGAGUCUCAUGUACUCGGGCAUGAACAGCAUGGCGGUAUUGAGCGACACCACGGACGGCAACCUGCACGGCAAUAGCUCCAUUGGGUGGUACGAAACGGAACACGGGGCCACGGGAGCGCAACUUUUCAACAAUAUGCAAUCAGGAAUGGCUAACGCGAACCGCGGAGAUGAAUGGGCGGAAGUCUUGCGGCUUUCACAGAUGUGGACUGAGGUUGAAUAG